GUAACACUCAGCUGUACAUUACACUUCAGUCCAGUUGAGAGGAAACAACAGAACAAAUGUCUCUCUACAGGAAUAUAGUGUGGUUUAUCAAUGGAAUGCGGGAGUAUACAAGGUCUGGAUUUGAGAAUGCCUCCAAGAGCUUUGCAGCGAAGGACCUUGACUUGUCCAUGGUGGGACGUUCCUUCAUGAUCACAGGAGCCAAUAGCGGAAUAGGGAAGGCGGCAGCCAUGGCGAUAGCCAAAAAAGGUGGCACCGUUCACAUCAUCUGCCGAAACAAAGAGCGAGCCGACAGAGCCAGAGAUGAAAUCAUCUCAGCCAGUGGAAAUUCUGAGGUUUACGUCCAUGUGUUGGACCUCUCAGAGUCAAGAAAGGUUUGGGAGUUUGCAGAGGCCUUUAAGAGGGAACACACUUCUCUCAAUGUUCUGAUCAAUAAUGCCGGAUGUAUGGUGUAUCAGAGGGAAAUGAACUCUGACGGAAUGGAGAAAAACUUUGCGACCAACACUCUUGGUGUUUAUAUUCUCACUAAAUGUCUGAUGCCAUUGUUGGAGAAAAGCAGGGACCCUCGAGUCAUCACAGUGUCGUCGGGGGGGAUGCUGGUUCAACAACUCAACCCUGGCGAUUUACAAACAGAGAGAGCUCCCUUUGACAGUACCAUGGUAUACGCGCAAAACAAGAGGCAGCAGGUAAUAAUGACAGAGUUUUGGGCAAAAGAAAAUCCCAGAAUUCAUUUCUCUGUAAUGCACCCUGGUUGGGCUGAUACACCAGCGGUUGCCACGGCGAUGCCUCAGUUCUAUCAGAUGAUGCGCGACCGUCUGCGUACGACGGAGCAGGGAGCUGACACGGCCGUCUGGCUUGCUGUGUCACAUGCCGCCACAGCGUUUCCCAGUGGUCUUUUCUUCCAAGAUCGGAAACCGGUGUCAGCCCACCUGCCGCUUGCUUGGACACACAGCUCCCAACAUAAAGUCAAAGUGUUCAUGAGACGUUUGGAGAAUUUGGCAGUAGCUGUCAAACCUUUAGAGAUGGCAGUCACAUCUUAGACAUCCUCUGAAGAAACUUUAGGAUGUUUUAACUAUUAAUAAAGAAGCCGAUAAAAUGUUUUUUGGCUAUCCAGUCACUGUUACAGAAAACUUUCUGUGAUAUAAUCUCUCUGUUGAGUCAUUUUAAUGUAACUUUUUUAUGUUCAAAUAAGAAAUAAACACCAAUAACUAACA